UUGAACAUUGCAGAAAAAUUUCUUUGCACUUGCAAAACAAUAAUAAUUAUUUUAGUCCAAUAAUAUUAGAAAAACAACGACAAGAAGCUGUGAGAAAGCACAUUAAUCAUGUUUCGAUCAAGUUUUGACAAAAACUUAGAAAAUGCCACGAGUCACUUGCGCCUGGAGCCUGACUGGCCCUCCAUCCUCCUCAUUUGCGAUGAGAUCAAUCAGAAGGAUGUCACUCCCAAAAAUGCCUUUGCUGCCAUCAAGAAGAAGAUGAACUCGCCCAAUCCGCACUCGUCCUGCUAUUCCCUCCUGGUCCUCGAGAGCAUCGUAAAGAACUGCGGAGCCCCCGUUCACGAGGAGGUCUUCACCAAGGAGAAUUGCGAGAUGUUCAGCAGCUUCCUGGAGUCCACACCGCAUGAGAACGUUCGCCAGAAGAUGCUGGAACUGGUGCAGACCUGGGCCAAUGCCUUCCGCUCCUCGGACAAAUACCAGGCCAUCAAGGACACAAUGACCAUCCUGAAGGCUAAGGGGCAUACUUUCCCGGAACUGCGAGAAGCGGACGCCAUGUUCACGGCAGACACGGCCCCCAACUGGGCGGAUGGCAGGGUGUGCCAUCGCUGUCGGGUGGAGUUCACCUUUACCAACCGAAAACAUCACUGCAGAAACUGCGGUCAGGUGUUCUGUGGCCAAUGCACGGCCAAGCAGUGUCCACUGCCGAAGUACGGAAUCGAAAAGGAAGUGCGUGUGUGCGAUGGAUGCUUCGCUGCUCUUCAACGUCCGACAAGCGGAGGUGGCGGUGGAAAGUCUGGAACACGACCGGCGGACAGCGAUCUGCCUGCGGAGUAUCUGAACAGCACAUUGGCCCAGCAAGUGCAGACACCAGCCCGCAAAACCGAGCAGGAACUCAAAGAGGAGGAGGAACUCCAGCUGGCCCUGGCCCUUAGUCAAUCGGAGGCGGAGCAGCAGAAGCCUAAGCAACAGUCCCAGCCAGCUGCCGCCUAUCGCAUGCAACAGAGAUCUCCCAGUCCAGAGGCACCACCCGAGCCGAAGGAGUACCACCACCAGCCAGAGGAGGCGACCAAUCCGGAGCUGGCCAAGUACUUGAACCGUAGCUACUGGGAGCAACGCAAGAUCAGCGAAUCCUCAUCGAUGGCAAGUCCAUCGGCACCAAGUCCCAUGCCACCGACGCCGCAGCCCCAGCAGAUAAUGACCCUGCAGGCCAAGAGCGCCGAUGAGGUGCAGAUCGAUGAAUUUGCCGCCAAUAUGCGCACCCAAGUGGAGAUUUUUGUGAACCGUAUGAAGUCCAACUCUAGUCGUGGCCGCAGCAUCUCCAACGAUUCCUCCGUGCAGACACUCUUCAUGACUCUGACUUCAUUGCACUCCCAGCAGUUGUCUUACAUCAAGGAGAUGGACGACAAACGCAUGUGGUACGAGCAGUUGCAGGACAAGCUUACCCAGAUCAAGGACUCAAGGGCUGCGUUGGAUCAACUGCGACAGGAGCACGUGGAAAAGCUGCGCAGGAUCGCCGAGGAACAGGAGCGCCAGCGACAGAUGCAGAUGGCCCAGAAGCUGGACAUUAUGCGCAAGAAGAAACAAGAGUAUCUGCAGUACCAACGUCAAUUGGCGCUGCAGCGCAUCCAGGAGCAGGAGCGCGAGAUGCAGUUACGCCAGGAGCAGCAAAAGGCGCAGUAUUUGAUGGGUCAGUCUGCCCCACCAUUCCCCUACAUGCCGCCAUCUGCAGUGCCCCAACAUGGCUCACCCUCGCAUCAACUUAACAACGUUUAUAAUCCAUACGUACCGGGUUAUCUGGCACAGGCUCCUGGUCCGGCUCCUAACGGACAUGGCCAAUUUCAGGCAAUUCCACCGGGCAUGUACAAUCCGUCAAUGCAACAGCCGAUGCCGCCGAAUCUUCAGCAGCCCGGGGGAUUAAUGCAGCAACCGGCUCCGCCUGGAAAUUCCCAGAUGAUGCCGCCCAUGCCCGAAAAUCAAUUUGGCAACAAUCCAGCCGUCUUACAACAACCCCAAGCUCAACAGGCACAACAGCAUCCGAUCGCGCAGGCUCCACAAAUGCCGUUUCAACAGCAGCCCCAGCCAAUCCAACAGCCUCAGCAAAUUCCUGGUCAACCGCCACAGCAACACUCCGUUCAGCAACCACAACCACAACUCGCUCACGUGAUGCUUCAGCAGCAUCCGGCUUUGCCAAAUCAGGCGCCACAGGCACCACCAGCCACCGAAAUUACCAAUAACCAAGUCCAAGCGGUGGCUGCAGCUCCUGCUCCUCCCCAAAACGAACCCGGACCCGCCCCAGUUAAAGCUGAAGAGCCAGCCACGGCGGAACUGAUUAGUUUCGAUUAAUCCACAAAGUGUUAUUCCAUUUGUAUUACCUUUAAGAGUUAGGCCAAACAGUUCUCGUGUGGUUGUUAUGCCAAAAAUAUAUGUUUUUUUUAGUUCAUUGCGGUUAUUAGUUACUAUUCGAAAAGUUUUCGUUACGAGAAAGAAACUUGCUAAAUUUUAAGUUUAGACAAAAUUUAUGGAGACAAAAGACAGUUAGAGAAUACUAUAUGAGAUCUGUUUUGGCCGAAAUCCGCUCUUUUAUCAAGUUUUAACCAACUAAUGUUAUUCCAAAAUAAAACAUAACUUUGUAUUUUGAA